UGUACUGCAUCCCGACAAGUGCAGCAGCAAGUACAAACGGUAUUUCGACGAACAUUCAACUGCCAGUUAGUCGUAACAGCGGCAGGUAGAUCUCCGUUGAAGAUCUCAACUACGGCAUGCUUGGUGGAACUAGAAGGGACAGAGAUAAAACGGAAAUUCCAGUUCCAAUUUGGCAACGCUACGCUCAAGGCGCUCAAGGAAGCAGUUCAACAUUGCAGCCUGCUCAGCAAAAACGCAUCAGCCACGGAUGCCGCGUUCAAGGACCCAACAUUGGAAGACAUUACAUUAAGUGCCAGUUUGGAGGAACCGGGGCCAUCCAUGUGCAACACCGCGUCAGAGGAAAGAGCUCGUGGAUUGUUGCCCUGCGCAACAAAUUUAAGAACGAACGACGAAAAGUACAAAACAAUGCGGAAGUAGCGGAACACCGCGUGAAGCUUGGAAGCAGGAGACGAUCAGGCAGCACUGAGCAAGCGGAGCUACAGCGGACUAAACGCAUGGCUUUACAGGUUAGUGCCCAGCACGAAGAGGCUGCAUCUUUGGAAAAACACGAGGGAGGACCGAGUGCAACAACAACAACAACAAAAAACCUUGAUGAGGCGCAAAUCAAGAUAGGCUGUAACCCAUACAACAAGAAGUGUGGGUCUUGAAACCUUGCCUACGCUGGUAGCUUUGGUGAAGUAUCCUUACAUCAUGCUGUCUGAUCGGUUCUUCAAUGAACUUGAAAAUGCCACCGGAAAAGAAGCUCUGCAACCUGUACAGCGUGGUGUUAUAGAGGUGAUGAACCUUGCACACAGUGGCACGAUCCGUACUAGCAGUGCUUUGCUGGAAUCGCUGAGGCAAACUCCACAUGAAGAUACA